GGAAUGCUCAAAAUGAAAUUAUCACAAAGCCUUUUCUCUCUUUUUUGUAACACAUAGCUGUCCAACUUUGCUAUAUGUGAGCAAGAGAGUCCAGCCAUGCAGCUGAAUCAGACUGGAGUUCAAACACUGGCUCCAGAGCCAUGUGAGCAGCAAAUACUACAAGAGGACAACCCUGGAAACUGUAGCGGAGGUCCCACUAGCAACCUGUCGCUGCACUGCUGGCUGCAGCUCCUCACCAAGGAAUCUAUCAUGGAAUUUCAAGGAGACAGCUCCAGUCUAGUGGUGCGUGUGAUGAUAGCAUGUGUCUACUCUAUAGUUUGUGCACUCGGGCUGGUGGGAAACUCACUGGCUCUGUACCUGCUGCACUCACGUUACAGGCAGAAGCAAUCAUCCAUCAACUGCUUUGUGAUGGGUCUGGCCAUCACAGACCUCCAGUUUGUUCUGACUUUACCUUUCUGGGCAGUGGACACAGCCUUGGACUUCCGCUGGCCAUUUGGCCGUGUGAUGUGCAAAAUCAUCAGUUCUGUUACCACAAUGAACAUGUACGCCAGUGUAUUCUUCCUCACAGCUAUGAGUGUGGCACGCUAUUACUCCAUCUCCUCUGCAUUGAAGAUGCACAGCAGGCGGGCAGCAGCCACCAGGGCAAAGUGGACAAGCCUGGGCAUCUGGGCUGUCUCUCUGCUGGCCACUUUGCCUCAUGCCAUCUACUCCACUAGUGCCCAGGUGUCAGAUGAGGAGCUAUGCCUGGUGCGCUUUCCAGACUCAGGUAGUUUGGAUCCACAGCUUCUUUUGGGUCUAUACCAGCUGCAAAAGGUUCUGCUGGGUUUCCUUAUUCCUCUGAUCAUAAUCACUGUCUGCUAUCUGCUGCUACUGCGCUUAAUCCUCACCAGACGCAUAGCAGGUGCAGCAGGGCCAGAGAUUGAGCAGGGCCGGCAAAAUCGUCGUUCCAAAGUCACCAAAUCCAUUGUCAUCGUCGUUCUGUCCUUCUUUCUGUGCUGGCUUCCCAAUCAGGCGCUGACUCUGUGGGGAGUGCUCAUAAAGUUUGACCUUGUGCCCUUCAGCAAGGCUUUCUACAAUGUGCAGGCCUAUGCCUUCCCCCUGACUGUGUGUUUGGCACACACCAACAGCUGCCUCAACCCUGUGCUCUACUGCCUAAUUCGCAGGGAGUUCCGGGCAGGUCUCAAGGAACUUCUCCUCCACGCCACUCCAUCCUUCAGGAGCCUGACUCACCUGCUGCAUCGCAAGGCCAAAGUGGCUGAGGCGCCUCCUGUUCUGGUGCUGGUCCAAAUGGAUGUCUGACUUGCUUACAGUGACACAAUAGCUGAUGGAGUGAGUGACUGACACACAAAAGUGAAAGCUUCAUAUAACGCUAUCGAUCUGCUGUGUAUCAUGACAAUGCAUUCAUCUCAACCCUGAACACAGAGAAUCAAAUAUCUCUUUGGCUUCUGAAAACAACAUAAUCAUGAUGGACUACCCAGUGGGAUGCGCCUUUCACUUUCACUGCGUGCUCCACGAUUCGCUCUGCUGUAAAUGUUUUUACUUGUUAUGCAGCGGCUCUUGCUGUUCGUCUCUCUGUUUCUCUCUCUGCCUCUGACAGGCAAGUACUGUUCUCUGGUAAACUGUCAUGAAUAUGUAUAGAUGUCAGUCAUAAAUGAGAUUUAAAUAGUUGCAGCUCUCAGACACGCCUGACAUGAGCUCAGUUAAAUCUAAUUGUAAACCUCAAUUAACAUUUGCCACACCAUCGGCAUCACUCACAGAGGCUGAAAACUACGCUAUCAACAGUGCAUGAGCAUCUCACUGAUAAAACUCUCUGACUGUGAACUGCUGAGGGAUUUACUUUGGUACAACAAGUGUAAAUUACGACACAGAUGAGAGAGAAACAUGAAUAGGAAAUGAGUAAUGGGUAGGUUUUCCAGUGUGCUGGCCAGUCGUUGUGUUUGUGUUUGUUCUAUGGUGCAAUUGUGUACAUUGCUCGAUAUAGUAAAAGCUAAUUUUUUUUUUUUUUUAAAAAGUAACCCUUAACAAAUCAUUUAAAAUGUGGGUCAA